AGGUGGAUGUGAGGUUUGACGUCACUUGCGAGACAAAUUAGGCUAUAUUCUCAUAUACAAGUUCUUGUGAAGCUGUUAUCUCAGUAACACGCCGUGGAACCUUCUACAACAUAAUGAAAACUUUGGCUUCUGUUUUCAAAACAUUCUUUUUGCGAGAGAACGCAGCGUGGCUAAAUUGGCUGCGCACAAUGACUGUGUGGCAAAAGUGAUAAUGCGAUGCGCUUUAGUCAGCGCACAUCUGUGAGUUUUGUCACCAGAUGGGCUUGUAAAGUCCAUGGAUAAAAGGCGCGCAUCAUGGUGCUGGGCGACUCCAACGGAACCGGCACGGGAAGCGCACUUAGCACCGAGAGCAGUAUGAGGUCUUUCAUGAUAGAGGAGCAUUUAACGGACCCCGGCACGGCCAAUACCAACAUGCUGAUCUCAGAGGCUUUGGUACCACGUCUCAUCAGUAUUGCGCAUGAGGCUGGGGAGGCUGUGGUCGCAGCGGCAGCAGCAUCGGGGUCCGACGGUGACUUACCCUCGGGCUCUCCGAGUUUUCGGAUGGAGAUGGCGAAUAGCUCGCUCUGUGGUGAGCAGAUUCUCAGUAAUGGCAGAGCGGAGAACGUCGUGAUUGGCAUAGUCCUUACUCUACUCACUUUCAUCACAAUUUGUGGCAAUCUUCUCGUGGUGAUUUCGGUGUGCUUUGUGAAAAAGUUACGGCAGCCCUCAAACUACUUGAUAGUCUCCCUCGCGCUGGCAGACCUUUCUGUCGCACUCGCCGUCAUGCCGUUCGUAAGCAUCACGGACCUGAUAGGUGGCCGCUGGAUUUUUGGCCAGUUUUUCUGCAAUGUUUUUAUCGCCAUGGAUGUGACGUGCUGCACCGCGUCCAUCAUGACACUUUGCGUAAUCAGCAUAGACAGGUACCUUGGCAUAACUAAGCCACUGACUUAUCCUGUGAGGCAAAGUGGGAGAUGCAUGGCGAAGAUGAUAUUCUCAGUGUGGCUGUUGUCUGCAUCCAUUACCCUACCCCCACUUUUCGGCUGGGCUCAGAACGUCAACGACGACCGGGUGUGUCUCAUCAGCCAGGACUUUGGCUACACCAUUUAUUCCACAGCGGUUGCUUUCUAUAUACCAAUGACUGUUAUGCUGGUCAUGUACUACCGUAUCUACCGUGCGGCCAAACUCAGCGCCGCCAAGCACACUAUCACCGGGUUCCCCCGGCCAAGUAAGAAAGAGCAGAGGCCCGAGAGAGAGGAGGAUGGCGAGGAGCGAGGUGUAAACUGCGUGUCUGUGGCGCUAAAGUUGCAGCGCGAGGUGGAAGACUGCACGCGCCUGUCCCGCUUUCUGCGCUCGGCAAGUGGUAACGACCACAAGAGCAUUUCCAUCUUCAAGCGAGAGCAGAAGGCGGCGGCCACGCUUGGUAUUGUGGUGGGCGCAUUCACUGUGUGCUGGCUGCCCUUUUUCCUGCUGUCCACAGCGCGGCCCUUCAUUUGUGGCACCGAGUGCAGCUGCGUGCCCCUCUGGGUAGAGCGCACGCUGCUGUGGUUGGGCUACGCCAACUCGCUCAUCAACCCGUUCGUUUACGCCUUCUUCAACCGCGACCUGCGCACCACCUACCACAACCUCAUACGAUGUCGUUACCGCAAUAUCAACCGUCGCCUCUCUGCUGCAGGGAUGCACGAGGCCCUCAAGCUGGCGGAGAGGCCUGAUCUAGUGGUAUAAACAUCCAAAGUCCGUGCGGUUAGAUCAACGGGCUUUUUGAUGACUUCCAGCGCAAGUCAUCAGACCUAGCCAAGUCUGGAUGGCACUGAUGGAACCUCUUACGGUGGUUACGUGGGUACAGAGCAUGACAUUCUCAUGGUCAGUGUUGG